AUGGCGUCGUCAUCGACUCCUGCGACUCCCCUACUCUAUUCCUGUAUCGCGCAUAAUACUACGAUCCUCUCAGAAUGCACAACAUCGGCCUCCUCCCAAACCUCAUCCCUCGCCUCCCUCAUCCUCCCCAAGAUCGAGCACACAAACCCUCAAAAGCUCACCUACACUCACGGCCAACACCAAAUCCACUAUGUCUCCGAAUCUCCCUCUGAACAUCGCGAUUACCCUUCCGCAGGCGGUCUAAUAUUCCUCGUCAUCGCCGACUCAUCCCUUGGCCGUCGCGUGCCAUUCGGUUAUCUCUUCGAAAUCCGCAAGCGCUUCCUGCAGCAAUUUCCCGAGAGCACUGACUUCUCCGACAUGCCCAACUACGGCGCAGCAUCGUUCAACUCGGAACUCAAGUCUCUUAUGAUCGAGUACGGUACUACAAGUGGAGGUCGCGACGAUGCCAUCGGAAACGCCAAGCGCGAGAUCGACGAUGUUAGGGGGAUUAUGACCAAGAAUAUUGAGAGUCUUCUUGAGCGCGGAGAAAGACUGGACUUGCUGGUUGAUAAGACGGACCGUCUUGGCGGUAGCGCACGAGAGUUCCGCGUGCGCAGUCGUGGCCUCAAGCGCAAGAUGUGGUGGAAGAACGUCAAGCUCAUGGCGCUCUUGGCACUCGUAGUAUUCCUCAUCAUCAUGGCUAUUGUGAUUGCUAUCAAGAAUGGGUCUGGUUAA